UGAUUACCAACGCAAGCUACCACCACGCGCAACUAUUCGUGACUUCACCACGUAUACUUGUCGCAUCAACAUCCCGCCGCUUACGACACACAUACUGCCACAAUGCCGGGCAAGAUCAUCCCCGUAACGAGCGCCUCGCACUUCGAGACGCUCCUCAGUUCGUCUACCUACACAAUCGUCGACUUCUAUGCCGACUGGUGCGGACCCUGCAAAACAAUCGCACCCAUCUUCCAAACACUAGCCGAGAAGGAGACGAAGCCUGGGAAGCUGCAAUUUGUGAAGGUCGAUGUGGACUCACAGCAAGAGGUGGCAAAGAAAUAUGGAGUCACUGCCAUGCCGACCUUCCUCGUAAUCAAGUCCAAGUCCGUCAUCGAAACGAUCCGCGGCGCCAACCCCUCUGCCCUCACAGCCGCCGUGCGCAAAGCCUCAAACGACACAGGAGCCGGCGGAGCCUCGUCCGCAGCUUUUUCAUCCAAGGGCAGGACAUUAGGGAGCGCGAGCCAACCCAGCCAGGCAGUGGGUGAUGGCGCGUUCGCGGGGCUGCAGAGGCUGAUGACCGGCAAUGGCGGAUUCGCGGAUAUGGCAAUACGGUUCGUGGCACUGUAUCUGGUGAGCUUGUUUGCUUUCGAUUCGUUCAAGGCUGCGGAGGAGAGCCCGUACAAUGUGAGGGCGCGGAGGUAGGAGCGCGUUGAUCAAUAUACCAGGGGACAGCGUACAUAGCUGGGAGUUCAUGGAGUUUAGAGUUUGAUAGCCCGUCAGAGGCAAUGUCACAAGUUGCAAUUCGAAAGAGUUGUCUUGC